UGUGCCUGCCGAAGAAACCCUCUCUCCGCGCCCCCAGUCGAACGGGGAGGGGCAGGCAGCCAGCCCUGGGAUAGAGGCGGCCCUUUUAACUCCAUUCUUUGAUUCCUACAUGAUCUGAGUUUACAGAGGUAGUGAAUGACAAUCCUGAAUCUCCCCAAACAUGAUUAGGAUUGCAGCACUGAAUGCCAGUUCCACUAUUGAAGAUGAUCAUGAAGGGACCUUUAAAAGUCACAAAACUCAAACAAAGGAGGCACAAGAAGCAGAAGCAUUUGCCUUGUAUCAUAAAGCCUUGGACCUUCAGAAACAUGACCAGUUUGAAGAAUCUGCCAAAGCUUACCAUGAACUACUUGAAACUCGCCUCCUGCGAGAGGCAGUUCCAUCUGGUGAUGAGAGAGAGGGACUAAAACAUCCAGGCUUAAUGCUGAAGUAUUCUACUUACAAAAAUUUAGCUCAGCUGGCAGCACAGCGAGAUGAUUUUGAGACAGCCAUGGAGUUCUACCUGGAGGCUGUAAUGCUAGACUCCACUGAUGUCAACCUGUGGUAUAAAAUUGGUCACGUGGCACUCAGACUUACGCGCCUGCCCUUAGCACGGCAUGCUUUUGAAGAAGGGCUCACCUGCAACCCAGAUCAUUGGCCCUGCUUAGAUAAUCUUAUCACUGUCCUCUACACACUCAGCGACUAUACAACAUGCUUGUAUUUUAUCUGCAAAGCACUGGAGAGAGACUGCCAGUACAGCAAAGGCCUUGUUAUUAAGGAGAAGAUCUUUGAGGAGCAGCCAUGCCUCAGGAAGGACUCAUUAAGGAUGUUCCUGAAAGGUGAUAUGUCAAUCCACGAUGUCCGUGUGAGUGCAUCUGAAGCAAGGACAAUCCUUGAAGAAGCGCUGGAACUGCGUAGAAAAAGACAAGCUUUAAUGGCUCGGCAGAGCGAGCCAGAUCUGAAGCUUGUCCAACCAAUUCCUCUUUUCACGUGGAAGUGUCUUGGGGAGAGCUUGAUGGCCAUGUAUCAACAUCUAAUCACUUGUGAGCUGCCUCGGCCCAGCCUGGGCAAGAGAAUUGACCUUUUAGAGUACCGGGAUCUGGACCAGGACUUGGAUAUCCUUGCAACCUCCACUUCUGUCAGCGUUAUCCAGCCCAACCCUGUCAACACUAACCCACCGGUGUCUGUGACCGAGCCACUACUAACAUAUUCACCAGUGACGCCUACUUUUCCCAGUCCAAAUGUGCUUGAAUCAGUAAAUCCUGCAGGUGAUGCCUCUAUGGGUGACAAAUCAAAGAAAGCAGUGAAGCGGAAGAGAAUUGCUGAAGACAGUGGUGAGACAGCAAAGAGGCGAUCAGCUCGAGUGAGGAAUACCAAAUGCAAAAAGGAAGAGAAAGUUGAUUUCCAGGAGCUGCUGGUGAAGUUCCUUCCGUUACGCCUGAGGAAACUUGAUCCAGAAGAAGAUGAUGGUCCUUUCAGCAGCUAUGAAGUCCAGUCUGAAGUCAAGGAAGAGAAUUUCCAGCAUAUUGGCUUGCAUAGAAUGUCAUUUGACUUGACUACAGGCAUGGAGUCUGAGAAGCAGGAUGUUCAUAAGUUCCUCUUGGCUAAUUUGAACAACGGAGGCAUCCUUGAGUUGAUGAUGAGGUAUCUGAAAGUGAUCAGCGAGAAGUUCCUAGUGAAAUGGCCACUGGGCUUGUCUGAGGUUGUCUUGAAUAUCUACAACAACUGGAGAAAGCACAGCAGUAGCCUACCCAACCCACUAUUAAGGGACUGUCACAACCAGCAUAUCAGAGAUAUGAUGCUUAUGAGUCUGUCCUGCAUGGAACUACAACUCGAUCAGUGGUUGCUGACCAAAGGGAAGAGCUCAAUGGUAUCUCCCCGCAAUGGCCCUGCUGCCAGCUCUGUGAAUGGCAAGUUUGGCCCCGAUUUCCCAGGCACCCAUUUCUUGGGGGAUCUGCUGCAGCUUUCCUUUGCAUCUUCCCAGCGGGACCUAUUUGAGGAGGGUUGGCUGGAGUUUGUGGUUCGAGUGUACUGGCUGAAAGCUCGAUUUCUGGCGCUACAGGGCGAUAUGGAGCAAGCCUUGGAGAACUACGAUGUCUGCACAGAAAUGCUCCAGAGCUCUGCUGCAGUGCAAGCCAAAAUUGGCAGCAAAGAGAAUGUCGUGAUAAGAUUGCCUAAUCUACAUGUUGAUUCUGUGGUUUCUGUGGAAGAGAUUGACAAGAACCUCAAAUCUCUGGAGAGAUGCCAGUCUUUGGAGGAGAUCCAGCGCUUACACGAAGCUGGAGAUUACAAGGCCGUGGUCCGCCUGCUUCACCCAACGCUGUGCUUCAAUGGAUAUGGCCGGACCAAACACCUGGAGUUCGUCAUCUCCAUACCAGAGAGGCCUGCUCAGCUUCUCCUGCUGCAGGAUUCUCUGCUCAAGUUGAAGGACUACAGGCAAUGCUUUGAAUGUUCAGAAGUUGCCUUGAAUGAAGCCUUUCAGCAGAUGAUUAAUAUGACGGAAGCCUCUGCCAAGGAAGAGUGGGUGGCCACUGUCACGCAGCUCCUCAGAGGGAUUGAUUGUUCUUUGUCUUCUGACUGCAGCUGCCUGAAUGAGUUGUCUGCAUUGCAGAGCCUCGUGCGACUGACGAACAACCUCAUCCAGAUAAUAGAUUGCAGCAUGGCAGUCCAGGAGGAGCCCAAAGAACCAUUUGUGUCCUCUGUGCUUCCUUGGAUUAUUCUUCAUAGGAUCAUUCAACAUGAAGAAGACAGCUUCCGGUCCCUUUGCUGCCAACAAGAAGAGCAACUGCAUAACCAAAGCGAGGAAGCGGCUCCAACUCUGGAUACCGCUUUGCUACCUUCUUCCCUUAUGCUACUGAACACAGCUCAUGAAUAUCUUGGGAGGAGAUCAUGGUGUUGUAACUCGGAUGGAGCCCUUCUUAAAUUCUAUGUUCGAGUAUUGCAAAAAGAGCUUUUGGCUUCUACCUCUGAAGAUACCCAUCCCUACAAAGAAGAGCUGGAGACUGCCCUGGAGCAGUGUUUUUAUUGCUUAUACAGUUUCCCAAGCAAAAAAAGCAAGGCCCGGUACUUGGAAGAACAUUCCACACAGCAGGUGGACCUGAUAUGGGAAGAUGCCCUAUUCAUGUUUGAAUAUUUUAAGCCCAAGACCCUCCCAGAAUUUGAUAGCUACAAAACCAGCACCGUUUCUGCUGACCUGGCCAACCUUCUGAAGAAGAUGGCAACUAUCGUCCCUCGAACAGACAAGCCUAUGCUGAGGCUAGAUGAAGUCUCUAGCUACAUUGAAGGGACUCUGAGCAAGGCCCCAGCUCUCCCUGAGGGUGCAGACUCUUCUCCUCCUGUUGUGACAGAGCUUUACUACCUCCUGGCAGAUUAUCACUUCAAGAACAAAGAACAGUCCAAGGCUAUCAAGUUCUACAUGCAUGACAUCUGCAUCUGCCCCAACAGGUUUGACUCUUGGGCUGGCAUGGCUUUGGCUCGGGCCAGUCGGAUCCAAGACAAAUUGAACUCCAAUGAAUUGAAGAGUGAUGGUCCCAUUUGGAAGCACUCCACUCCAGUUCUGAACUGUUUCAAAAGAGCCCUUGAGAUUGAUGGUUCCAACCUUUCACUUUGGAUAGAGUACGGCACCAUUUCCUAUGCCCUGCACUCUUUUGCAUCUAGGCAGCUUAAGCAGUGGAAGUCAGAACUGCCGUCUGAGGUGGUGCAGCAGAUGGAAGAGCGGCGCAACAGCAUGUUGGAGACAGCCCAGCACUGCUUCACUUCAGCUUCUCACUGCGAGGGGGACGGUGAUGAGGAGGAAUGGCUGAUCCACUACAUGCUGGGGAAGAUUGCUGAGAAACAGAAGCAGCCUCCUGUGGUCUAUCUUCUUCAUUACAAGCAGGCAGGUCACUUCCUGCAUGAAGAAGCAGCAAGGUAUCCCAAGAAGAUCCACUAUCAUAAUCCACCAGAGCUUGCAAUGGAGGCCCUGGAGGUGUAUUUUCGGCUUCACGCCUCAAUCCUGAAGCUUGUGGGAAAACCAGACUCUGGAGUGGAUGCAGAGUUGCUUGUCACUUUUAUGAAGGAAGCUGCUGUGGGACCUUUUGCCAGGGGUGAGGAAAAGAAUACCCCCAAAAUUGCAGAAAAAGAAAAGCUUUGCAUGGUGGAUGAUGACUCACACUCUUCUGCUGGAACUGUGCCAGGCCCUGGGACUUCCCUUCCAUCCUCCUCUGGUCCAGGUCUGACAUCCCCACCCUACACAGCCACUCCAGUUGACCACGAUUACGUCAAAUGUAAAAAAAACCGUCAGCAGGCAACACCGGAUGACAGGAGUCAGGACAGCACUGCUGUGGUGCUCUCUGAUUCCAACUCUACAGAAGACCUGUUUACUGAGCUUGCCAGCUCUCAAGACGGUGCGAAGAAGCCUUUUCCAGAGAGGAGGCCAUGUGCUUCGUGUUCAGAAGCCACCACUGCUGGUAAAGAGGUCCUAGGACCUGCAGAGGAAAGGGGAAAGUCAGAGGAACCCUUGGGGAACUCGGAGUCCUGUCAUGCAGCUGAGCCGAAGCUUGAUCCUCAGGCACCAGUGUGCAUUUCCUCCAAGGCCUCCCUUUCCCAGUGGGACCCAAAGAGGCGAUCUGAACCCUGCACAGACCUAUUUCCCCAGAGCCUUCCGGUUGACCUGGAGGAACAGCGCCACUUCCUGACAGAGCACUGCGUCACCUCCUUCCACCUGUGCCUCAGCCGUUUCCCUCAGCACUACAAGAGCCUCUACAGGUUGGCGUAUCUCUACACAUACAGCACCACACAUAAGAAUCUUCAGUGGGCUCGAGAUGUGUUGCUAGGCAGCAGUAUCCCAUGGCAGCAACUGAAGCACAUGCCAGCACAAGGCCUCUUCUGUGAGAGGAACAAGACGAAUUUCUUCAAUGGAAUCUGGCGCAUCCCCGUGGAUGAAAUUGACCGUCCCGGUAGCUUUGCCUCUCACAUGAACCGCUCCAUUGUCCUUCUGCUGAACGUGUUGUCGCAGCUCAAGGAUUACAACACCCUGCUGAAAGUCUCAUCUAUGCUGCAGAGGACCCCCGACCAGGGAAAGAAAUACUUGCGGGAUGCAGAUCGCCAGGUUCUUGCCCAGCGUGCCUUCAUUCUCACGGUUCUGGUGCUGGAGGACAUGUUGAAUGAGCUCACAGAAGUAUCUGAAGAACAAGACUCCAAGUGCUGCAGCCUUUUGGGGGCGAGAAUGACUACCGAUGUGUCUAACAAAGCUAGUGCUGAGGAAGGACAGGAAUCCCUCCCCAAAAGGACAACGUUGUCUGACGGGGCUGUGGCAGCCUAUGGUGGUGCUGAGAAUGCCGUCAAAGAAGUGACCCAAGGGCAGCCUCCCAGUGUGAUGGACACAGUGGUGAAGCCACUGGAGCCGGUGCCUAACCAAGAAGCAACAGAGGGCCCUCAGCUGGGCUCUACUGAGCCCAUGGAUUUGGAUGAGUAUUCCAGUGACCCUGGCAAACUGGGGUCUGCCCAAGGUCUGCCUGGCAGGAUCUCCAAAGACAAACUCCCUGAGAGCCGGACUGCAGAACUUUCUCUGGAGGAUCUCAGCAUCAGCUCUAAGCACCAGCAGCUGGACACAGUGAAAGUCAGAGUCCAGGCAGCUCCAACAGAGGAAGUUAGCCAGAGACCAAACAGGAAGAGAAAGCUGAUAAAUGAUGCAGAGUCAGGGAAGACACUGCUUCUGGAUGCAUACCGUGUGUGGCAACAGGGUCAGAAGGUCAUGACUUAUGACCUGGGCAAGAUCGAGAAGAUCAUGUCUGAAACGUAUAUGCUAAUUAAGCAAGUGGAUGAAGAUGCAGCCCUAGAACAGGCAGUUAAGUUCUGCCAGGUGCAUAUCGGAGCCUCAACACAAAAGCAAUCCACAGGAGAAACUCCAACCACCCCAAAGCACCCAAGAGACAGCAAAGAGAGCUUCUUCUCGGCUGCUCCACCAGCUCUGACCCCUCCUACAGGGACUGCUGAUGCCAUGGCUUCAGACUCCCUUCUGAGACUGACCGACCUGCACACCAAAUCCAAGACCGCCUCUCCCCCCCCUUCCUCCUCCGCAAGUGUGCUCUUGUUGCCACCGCAAGAGCAAACAGGUGUGGAGCAUAUUGAAGAGGAGGUGCCCUCCGUGUCCAGCCUUGCACACGAGGAGGAAGAAGAAGAGGAAGAAGGAAAGCUGGACCAGCCUCUAGAAGGACUAGCCUUGCAGCAGCUGCAGGAGCCCCACCUCUGCCAGCAGGUGAAGAUGGCUGCUGUCGCCCCCUCACCCAAUCCAGCAUGCUGGCAAGAGGAGCUGGAGCCCGUGACCAGCACAAGCAUAGGAGGGAACCACUGUGGGCAAGUGCAGGAAGGCCCUGCACCCCUAGCAAAAGGUGGCUCCUGCCAUAACCUGAAAGAGCCGCCUCACAGCACUGCCGCUCAGGACGUUUCUCAGAGAAGGAGCUUCUUGCCAGCACCUGGUUGCAAGAAAGAACUCCAGGCUGCUUCACAGUCCAUGGGAAGCCAAGCAAAUAAGGCCGACAGCAGCCGAAUGCGAUCCCGCGUGCUGCCCAACAUGCCAAAGCUUUUUAUCCCCUCGUCAAUCAAAUUCCCCCCCGAGAUCACCGUCACUCCACCAACCCCCACCCUCCUGUCUCCCAAGGGCAGCAUUUCAGAAGAAACCAAGCAGAAGCUAAAGUCCGCUAUUCUUUCAGCCCAGUCUGCAGCAAACGUGAAGAAAGAGAGCCUCUGCCAACCAGCUCUGGAGAUUGUAGAAACCUCGAGCCAAGAGUCUUCUUUGGAGGAGAGUGACACUGAUGAAGAGGAGGACUAUAUGGACGUCUGACACAGCUCAGCGCUUCCCUUCUUUUGCCUUCUCAUUGCAGCACCGCUGCCUGCACGCAUUGCAGCCUCCCUCCAUCAGCCGGUCCCACCGUGUCUCUCGCCUCUGCUAUUGCCUGUACUGCUGCUGCUGCUGCCUCGUCUGGCGUUGCCUUCAGCUCCUACAGCAGCCUCACCAGCAUGCUGGCCACCCCUCCAGCCAUAUCUGUGUUGACAAUUCUGCAAGCUGCAGUCACCUCAUGCCGCCUCUCUCCUCACUGAAAAUGAUUGCAGAGGGCGCAGAAUGUAGCUAGUCGGCAGAGCCGAGCGGUUGGCCUCCCCCCCCCCCCCGAGCUUGCCUCCUAUGAUACUUAUUUAUCUCAGUAUUGUCUUAAAGACUCAGAUGGAAAAGACGGCUGGCAGCUUUAUGGCUCUGCCUCUCCUGGUGUUCUUGGACACGCUGCGGAGGCAGAACGGUUGCAGAAUAUCUUUGGUCAUAUAGAGAAAUGUUACAGAUUUCAAUGCCAUUUUAGUAAUGUCUGGUGUGUUUUUUACAGAAUGACACAAAAAUGGGUGUAUGUUUGUUUUUUAAUUUUCUCUGGAGGGAUUGGUCACAUUUAUAUGGGGAAAAUAAAGGAAACCAAGCAUUUUUCUACAGAAUGUUAAAUUUGUAAUAUAUGAAUGCAAACCCUGCACAGAACCAGGCGUGUCAUGCACAAAAACAUGCAUUUCGCUUAUUAUGCUGGGUUUAUGUUUGUUGGGUUGGGAGAGGGAGUUAAAUAAAUGAUGCAGUGCAGAGCUUUGUAUAAAUACACAUUUUUCUAAUAAAGUGAAAACAUGUUCCCCAAA